ACGCCCAGGUCUUGCGCAGGCGUCGUCCACGGCGCGUUCCCGGAAGAGCUCCGAGCAGAAAACUUAUAGCCCAGCUUUCAUUAUAGAUGGCUUCCUUGUUUACUCAAGAAAUUCACCUUUCUAAAAGACAUGAAGAAAUAGUAUCACAAAGAUUAAUGUUACUUCAGAAAAUGAAAAACAAAUUUGGAGAUGAAAACACAGAAAGGGCAUCUCUCCUCCAAGCCACUGAGACUGCUUCUAGAAGAAACCUCCGACUCCUGCAGGACAUCGAUGCUGCAGAGACGGCUUUUCAGGCCAAGCGUAUCCCACACCCACAGCCUUCGAUACUUUCUCUUGAGGGUAACAAGAAGAAGCAGUGAUCAAAUGCGGAAAAAUCUCUGGCUCAAAGUUGUGCAUUGGACUCGUUACUGGGCAUCAGUAGAAGAACAUAUCCCCAAAUGGGAACCAUUUCUUUUAGGACGAGCACCGUAUCCAACUGGUGCUGAAAAUCAAAAUGAGAUACCGUUCGUUCAAAAUGAGGCAAAGUCAUAACUUAUUCAUAUGCUCUUAAAAAAAAAAAACAAUUUGAUAAGACUAUGUAAGUCAUGGCAGGGUCUUAGGGAAGAAGUUUCAUUUUGUUAUUGUUUUCUAUUGUUUCGUUGUUUCCUCAGCAGCAACAUCAGUUUGAGAGUCCUCUGGAAGGUCUCAGGUUAGACCCUGCACAGUCAUAGCCUUGCCAAGAAAAGUGUAAAAAUUAAUGCUAAGACAUAAUGUUUGUUAAAUAUGGUAUUAAACCAGUGUUAUGUGUGCUUACAACCCACACCCUCGUUCCCAACUAAACAGGUUGGCUGCAGGUGUCCUACAGUUGCAGGUUUUCAUCAUUCACUAUGGGAACAGGGGCAGGCUGCUGGCUUCCUUACGUCAAAGUCUCCACGCUCAGCUGCUCUUGUUCAAUACUAGUUAUCAGAAAAUAGAUUCCUGGGGUUUUGUGCUUCAGACAGACUCCUCCAAGUCCUUAACUCUAAAGCAUUCAAUAUGUGGCCAGUUUGGGACAGCUCGGGUGGUUUUGAAAAAAAUCUGUGAGAGCCGGGAAUGACUACAGGAUUCUGACAGGCUUGUUUGAAGAUUGCCAACCCUGUGAAAACAAACACCCUCCCUAAAUGUCACCUUUCAACUCACCCUGCCCUCCUUUCUAUUAUUAUCUCCAAAACUUAAGACGAAAACCCAGAAAGCUGUGGGUCACAGCCCUCUGCAGAGUCUCCAGUUCCUUCCUGGCUGCCGAGCACUGGGGAAAACAGAGUGGGCUUUCCUAGCUGUGGAGACAGCUUCUAGUGUGGAGCCUGCACUGUUCCACAGAGGGGUAUUCUGAAUCACAAAUGUGGUUUUGCUGUGGUAAAGGUUCUUCAUUUGUUUUUUUGUUUUCGUUUUUUAUUGCCUUUAAGAUAAAAAUCUCACUCUAUAGACUAACCUGGCCUUGAAGUCACAGCCAUUCUCCUGUUUUAGCCUCUGAUAACUGGGAUUACAGGUAUGAGCCCCGAUAUUUAGGUCAUUUGUAUUUUUAAAAGAAGACAACAGAAUAAGUUAAAAUGCAUAUAUGCCCUAACUGCAACAAAAAACUAGUAAAUCGUCCAUUGUGUAACACGUUCUUGUUCACUGCCAUCUUGGAAAUGUCCUGUUGAGUGGGUGUUGGUGUGGGUAACAAUAACAUUGUUUUCAUAAUAAGUGCUGGCAGAUUAGCACACUUCUCUGCAGUGUUAACAGUUGUAAUUAAGGAAUAAACAGCACAAGGUGUCAGUCCGAUGACAAUUUCAUCUAUAGUGUCACAAUACAAAAUGUCACAAAAUAUUAGAGCUGUUACAUAGCUAUAAAAAGUAUCGGCUUAAGAGCUGAAGACAUCUUUAAGAGAGGAGACAGAGAGAGGAGGAAAUGGAACACUGACUUAGCGGCCAGAACAAUUUUAUACAUUCUCAAGACUGUCAUGAAAACAAAUUGAUAAUUUUUUUCUGUUACAUUACAGUUUGGGCUCCAGCCAUCCAGUUGAUUUAGCAGGAAAAUGCAGGUUUCUUAGCAGCUCCAAAUCAGUAAACAGAUUUAGAAGUAGAAAGGAACAUGAGGAAGGUUUUUUUUUUUUUUUUUUUUUUUUUUAAAUCUAGUCUCCCAGCAUAUGCACAUAAAAAGGUGAAUGAAGCAACGUGAAACGUAUUUCUCUUUAGUCAAGUGAAAAAGGCUAAACAUUUGUUAGCUGGUAAAAUAUUGUGUCAAGUAAGCCGGAACAUUCCAAAAUUAAACAGUGGUUGAUAUGUUAACGUCCUCAAAUAUUUGAGUGCACACUUCCUUUGAGAUCUGUAAAUUAAAUCACCAGUAGGUUGAAUUAAAAUACAAAUUGAAUGGCAAUGUAACCUCUCAGAAGAGGCUCUGUGUUUUCUUUCCCCCCUACACUGAUUGACGUGCUAGCUUGGUUUGGGCAUUUUUAAAAGUAUAAUCUAAUAAAGCUUACACAAUUUUGGGCAAAGAGAAGGUGUUUAAAGGCUGCAGCUGAGCCAUUUCUCCAUUUUGGUUAAUAAUUCACAAAUUCCCACAGAUGACUUUAUUCUUGGCCCCUGCCGAGACUGCCCCACCCCAUCCUGUCUUGUAGACUGUGACAGAUUGCACCACAUGGUGCCUGUUAAAAAAAAAAUCCCAUGGGCUCUGGAUAUCCCAUUAAAGGGCUUUAUAUUUUUGUGGGCAAAUUAGCUUAACAUAGGAAUUUUCAAACAUUGUUUAAUGGAAGGAAGGAAGGAAGGAAGGAAGGAAGGAAGGAAGGAAGGAAGGAAGGAAGGGAUGCUACAAACAAAGUAUAUCUUUUCCUACUAUUAGGAAGCAUAAGGAAACAAGAAACACCUACUCAUACCUUUUUCCUCCAAAUCAAUAUUUUUAAAUUUUUAUUAUUUUUAGUUAUGUGUAUGUUGUAGGGAUACACACAUGCAGGUGCCAAAUAGGUCAGAGGCAUUCGAGCUAAGCACUUGUGAGCUGCCCAGUGUGGGUGCUGGGAACAGAACUCUGGGCGUCUGCAAGAACAGUGGACCUCUGAGCUGCUGAGCUAUAUCUCAGUCAACCCAAUCAGUAUCUUAAUCAGAAUAUAAUUCUCCGUGAACAUGGCAUAAUGGAUUUGGGUGUUUGUUUGUUUUUAAAGAAUAUAUAGAAUUUGAAGGGAAACUGUUGAUCUUCAUUUUGGGGUUUUUUUUUUUGUUUUUGUUUUUAAGAUCAAAGAUUUUCCUCCAAAGUCUUUCUGGGCUUGUUUAAAGCAUAAAUAUUCAGAGCUCACCUUCUACUGGAACAUUUCUAGUUAUGAAGCUAUCAAACUGUAAAAUACCAAAAUCAGAGACUGUAGUUUUCCUCAUAUUUAAAAAAACAAAACAAAAAAGACAAAAACAAAAACAAACAAACAAAAAAAAAACAAUGGAGCUAGCUCCAUGGCCCGGCAGCUUUCCUCUUGUAUCAGACCUGGUUUGGCUCCCCAGCAUCACACAGUAGUUCACUACUCUCUAGGAUUCACAUUUCAGGGGCUCCACAGGCACCAGCCAUGCAUGUGGUGCACAUGCCUUUGUGGAGGCAAAACACCCAUACACAAAAAAUUAAUAAAUGUGGAAGAAAACUCAGGGAUUAUAAAUACCAAGGGAAAAGCUGCAUCUCUGAGUCCUCUGUAAGAGAGCAGUGGAUGGAGGCAGAAACUCACAAGCAGUCCUGCCCCUGCCUCAGGCCACAGUGCUUCAGUUUGUCAGCUUAUGGAGCUGCAGCUUAACUUUGCUUCCAAUAUUGGCAUCUACCUCUUCUUCUGACCCAUUAGAAUAAAUGAAGUGAGCAUGGGAGGAUAUUUAUAUUUGGAAAAAAUUUAAACUUCUAUUUUAUCACUUCUCGUGUGACUAGAGCUGUGUGUUUAUAAAGUUAUCAACUUCAGAAGAAAGGACCAAACUUGAAAAUCUGUGUGACACAUAUUCCCAUACAUAAAACUUAACAUAGAAGACCACGAGGGUGGCUUCUUUACACACCAGACUCUCGUUUCCCUCACUGCUACCUUAACUUACUCCAGGCCAAUUCAUAUCAUUGUCUUCUCAAAGAAGUCUUUUACUUAAAACCAUGUUUGUAGCCGACCCUACUGAUUUCUCCUACUUUUGAAGAAUUGCCCAAACCAAGCAGUUUCUAAACACUUUCUAGUAGUUACCUGUACAUCUUUAAUUGGAUGGAGAUAGCUAAGAGUUACAGGCCUCCAGAGAAGGUAAUAACCCGGCAGUGUCAACAAGAGUGGAAGAAACCAAGGAAACAGAAGAAGGGAAACACUUUUUGAGAAAGCUUCAGGCUUGGCUCCACCCUACCCCUCUGUGUAUUAUUUGUUUUCCUUGUAGUUUAGAAGUUAAUUUGUCUACAUAGGAAAUUUAAUUCCUCAUUGCUAAUAAAGAGUUUUUGAGACAAACCUGCAGACGUGUCAACCUCUGGCGAUUCUGAGGAGGAUUGAUGUGGGAAUGUGACAGCUGGCUUUGUGAACACCCUGUCUAAUGGAACUGAAUUAUAUAUCCUUACCAAAAUCCAAGAAAA